AUGGCCUCAUUUGCCGCCGCCAGAUCCAUUUUCCGGUCAUCUGCCGCCCGCAAUGCGGCGGCCCGCCUUGCUUCCCAGUCCAAAUCCAAACCUAAAGCCUCCCCCUUUAGCCUCAACUCCACUGCCAACAAACCCAUUUUCAGGAGGAGUCCAGUGGAAAUGAGCUUUGCUGUUGAAUCAAUGAUGCCUUACCAUACAGUGACUGCUUCUGCUUUGAUGACUUCAAUGCUCUCCAUUUCUCGCCGCAGUUGUGGCUGGCUUCCUGAAGGUGGGGUGGUUGAGUUAGGACUGGGGCUUGCAAUGAUGAUGUGUGAUGAAUUGUCUGAAGAUCCAAGCAAGUUUUAUUACAAAAUUCUACUUUUAGAAGUUUUGAUUGAGCUGCUGAAGAGACCGGUUGGAUAUUCUGAGCUUCUAAAACCUAGAUGA